AUGUAUACAAUGCUCAUAUUAUAUUUCUCUGUUUUUAUUUACAGAAUGCUAAGAGUAGAUUUCCAGGGAAGCACGCACACAGAGAAGGCUGCAAGCCUAGGAACGACAAUUAUUGCAGUAAAGUAUAAAGACGGCGUGAUAUUGGGGGCAGACAGCAGAACAUCGAUGGGGACGUAUGUCUCAAACCGAGUCACCAGGAAGAUCACAAAGCUUAUAGAUAAUGUAUAUACAUGCCGGUGCGGGUCAGCAGCAGACACGCAGGCAAUAGCAGACUAUGCAAAGAGAAUUAUGAACACGGGAAUAUACUGCCAUGGGCAGAAGCCACUUGUAAAGGAUGUGGCUGUGGCCAUAAAGAAGAUUGUAUGGGACGCAACUGACCAGGGAGUUACAGCAGGAUUUAUUGUAGCGGGUGUAGAUGAGACUGGCGGGCAUGUCUUUACUAUUCCGCUGGGUGGUGCGCUGAUAGAGCAGAACUGGUCAAUUGCAGGGUCCGGGUCUGCGUAUAUAUCUGGGCUAGGGGACAGUACAUUCAAAGAGGAAAUGACAAAGGAAGAAGCAGUAGAGUUUGUUAAAAAGAUGGUUUCUCAUGCAAUGUACAGAGAUAACUCCUCUGGUGGAUGCGUGCGCAUGAUGAUUGUGACUGAGGCAGGGACUGAAGAAAUAACUAUUCUAGGAAACGAAGUAGAGGUCUAAAGAGUAUGCACAAAGACAGA